AUGCGCUCCUUCAAGUCCAAGAUGCUGUCCGCCGUCGCGUGCGUUGCACCUGUGCUCGCCGCAGCGCUUCCCAGCCGCGGUGAGGUCGCUCAACUGCACAACGAACCUUUGCAGCUAGUAGACUUCCAACAGAACUACGCGCAAGCGACCUUCAGCGUGCCCUGCACUGGCUGUCUGGGCCAAGAUCACACGGACCAGGAUGACGAGUCACUUAUUCUGAACUUCACUGCUCACUCGCGCAACGAGCCUUGUGGUUCUUCUAACAUCACCAUCAACGGUGUUCCUCUCCCUCAAGAAUGGGAAGGUGACUACGCUUCUGGCUCAGGCUCCUACCAGUACACCAGUCCCGCAACCCUUCAGCAGAAUGACAAGCUUCCCCAGCGUGACUUGGCCCUCGCAUGGAACUCGACCUGUCUUCACGGCAACGCGGAGACGGACGAGGCUGCUCAAAUCCUGACAGUCAACAUCAAGUCCGUAGACGGCAUACCCAUCAAUACACCUUCUGGUUUCACAGUCUCCUUCAAGCAGAACUCAUCGCCGCCUUCUCUUCUUCGACUCCAGACCGUUCCGGAUCUUUCUCCUGAGCUGUCAGACAUCUGGCGUGACCCGCCGGCGGAUCUUCGAUUGGGCUUUGGCAACUCCACCGUACACGCAGAGUCGUCCGAGACGGCAUCAGUAUCUCUCGAAAACGAAAUCCGGGAGCUCAGAGCUCUUCAAGCUGAACUUGAGGCCAUCCAGCUAGCAGUAACAACAAAGAAACAGUACAUCAACUCACAGAUCCGCAAAGAAGCCAAGUGUUUCACUGAGGAGCUGAAGCACUGCGACGGCAUCUCUUGUGUUCUCAAAACAGUUGCUGGUAGAGCCCACGGUGCAUGGCGAGUUGUCUACCUGCGCCUACACCCUGACGACCAGUCUACAGACAUGGGCCGUCCAGAGGACGUCUACGCCUCGGCUCAUGUUGGGUCACAGCGAUAUGGCAGCAUCAACGUCGCCACCUCGAGCACAGACUCGAAGGCAGAGGCAGAAGCUUACUCGGACUCAGAGCCUCGUCCGUACGAAGGCUCUACAGGCGAGCUCCCACCACGACCCCAACAACGCCAGGCACCCUACAUCAUCGCCCUCGAAGUCGCUCUCGGCAUCCUCUGCUGCGGCUGUCUCGUCGCCGUCAUCCGGCACAAGUGUUCCAGCCUCCGCACCCGCACCGAGCGCGCCGCCGACUACGAAGAGCGCUACAACGCGCGCAUCUACAAACGCGCCGCACGCCGCCACGCCUGGCGCAACUGGUGGCGCGGCAACUGGCGCAAAGACGCCGCGCGCAUCGCCGACUAUGAAGAAAAGCGCGCCCUGAUUGCAGACCAAGAGUCCGUCCUCGAGACCGCGAUGCAGGAGGAAAUCAGACAGCUGCGCGUCGCGCACAACGUCGUCAACGACAUCAUCCGCGCAGAAGAGGGCCGCACAACCACACCCAGCCCAUCGAAUCCCCGCUGCACAUGUCACCACCCACACUUUACCCCCGGACCCCCGUCAGUAACAUCUACAUACCCGCCCUCCACGAUCCCCGAAGCGCCCUCCCGCCCGCUAUCCCGCACCGACAGCCUUCCCAGCUACCGCUCCCGCGCCCCCAGCGAGCCGCCCACAUACGAGUCCGAUCUGGGCGCGUCGUUUGUGGCGAACGGAUUCGUGCGGUACGAGGCGAGGGCGAGGGCGUAUACAGCUAGCGCCUCAUCGCAAGCUGGGGAGUCUGGACGCUGGACACCAGACAGUAGUGUAGUCGACGUUUCGCCGCGACCGAGCACGGAUACGCUUCGGCACCCGCAGAGCAUUUAUACUCUGGACGAGAGCGAGAGUGAGAGCGAAAGUGAGCUCUGA